AUUGACAAGUGAAAACAUCUGUCAAAUAUCAUGAUUCUCGGAUUUUUGCAUUGUCAAAAAGUUUACCGAUUUCCCGAUUUCACUGUUUGCGAUUUCCGAAAAUAAAAAAUUGUUAAAAACUCCCGGAGUGCAAAAAACUAUCAAGAAUGACGGUAAUUAACAAGAUGGAGGUGGACGGAGGUCCGAAGGGAGAAGGUUUUCGGUCAUAUUAUAUUACAAAGAUUGAAGAAUUGCAGCUUAUAGUGGCCGAAAAGAGUCAAAAUCUUAGACGUUUGCAAGCUCAGAGAAAUGAACUCAAUGCCAAAGUUCGUAUGUUGAGAGAAGAACUGAUGUUACUUCAAGAGCAAGGAAGCUAUGUCGGAGAAGUUGUAAAGCCCAUGGAUAAGAAAAAAGUCCUUGUGAAAGUUCAUCCAGAAGGAAAAUUUGUAGUUGACAUUGACAAAAACAUAGACAUAAAUGAUGUUACUCCAAAUUGUCGAGUAGCCCUCAGAAAUGAAUCUUACACAUUGCACAAAAUACUUCCAAACAAGGUUGAUCCUUUAGUUUCCUUGAUGAUGGUGGAGAAAGUCCCUGAUUCAACUUAUGAAAUGGUAGGAGGACUUGACAAGCAAAUUAAAGAAAUCAAAGAAGUAAUUGAACUUCCAGUUAAACAUCCAGAACUUUUUGAUGCUCUUGGUAUUGCACAACCUAAGGGUGUGUUGUUAUAUGGACCACCAGGCACUGGAAAAACUCUUCUGGCACGUGCUGUAGCUCAUCACACAGAGUGUACAUUUAUUAGAGUAUCUGGUUCAGAAUUGGUACAGAAAUUCAUAGGAGAAGGAUCCCGUAUGGUAAGAGAACUCUUCGUAAUGGCCAGAGAACAUGCUCCUUCAAUUAUUUUCAUGGAUGAAAUUGAUUCCAUUGGAUCUUCCCGUAUUGAAUCAGGAUCUGGUGGUGAUUCUGAAGUCCAAAGAACCAUGUUGGAACUUCUAAAUCAAUUGGAUGGUUUUGAAGCUACCAAAAACAUCAAAGUAAUUAUGGCUACCAACAGAAUUGAUAUUUUGGAUCCCGCUUUACUCAGACCAGGAAGAAUUGACAGAAAAAUUGAAUUCCCCCCACCGAACGAAGAAGCUAGAUUGGACAUCUUAAAGAUUCACUCCAGAAAAAUGAACCUCACAAGAGGAAUAAAUCUGAGAAAAAUAGCUGAGUUGAUGCCAGGUGCUAGUGGAGCUGAAGUUAAGGGUGUGUGUACGGAAGCUGGUAUGUAUGCACUAAGAGAACGAAGGGUGCAUGUUACUCAAGAAGAUUUUGAAAUGGCCGUCGCCAAAGUUAUGCAGAAGGAUUCUGAGAAGAAUAUGUCCAUCAAGAAGUUGUGGAAAUAAGUUUUUUGUACUACUUAAUAUGUGAUUAUUUUUUAAGAAAUAAAAUAUAGCGAAUAGAUAAAUGUA